AUGAUACCUGGAGCCGCCGUAGAUCAUCAAAUCUACGCCCUUCCCACCAUCAAGACGAAUGCUGUCGAAUACUUUCAAGCCGCUGGUUACGAGGUUUUCUGUGUGACCCACUGGAUGGGCAAGACUCCCAAUGCUCAGAGAGGUUACACAGCUUAUGAUGCGAGGCUUGAUAUUCUGGCUUCUUUCGAAGAGAUCCACCGAAUCCACUGCUCAGAGCAGCCUAUCUACGUCAUAUCACACUGUAUGGGAUCGAUCGCCUUGUCUGCGGGUUUGCUCGACGGUACGAUCAAGUCUGCAUGGAUUAAAGGUCUGACCACAUCUCAAGUCUUUUUCAAUCCGAUUGCAGGAACCGUGAACAAGCUCAAGGCAGCUUCGCCGGUGCCGCUUACCCGAGUUUAUCGGCUCCUUGCCGGGAAUUGGUUUUCUUGCAUCUCAACUGAGAACGACACAUUAGUGCAGCGGCUUUUCAACCAGGUUUUAUUAUGGACACAUAAGCGCCUCAAUGCCGCCACGCACGACAACCUGUCAAAGUUCCUCGGUGGGAUCACUAUGCGUGCCCUCGAACUGCUUAUGUUUACAGGAACGCACGGCUACGUGGUGAACAACAAUCGUGAGUCGCUGGUCACGCCCGCAAACUUGCAGUGUCUUCAAGGCAUGCCGAUCUUGUUUAUCUCAGGAGGCGAGAACGUGGUCUUUAGCCCGGAAGGCACAGACAAGUCAUUCACGACCCUAACCGCGGUUUUCGCCCUGAAGGAUUAUGAGCGUGAGGUGUUUGAUGGAUAUGGCCAUUUGGAUUGCUGGAUGGGCUCCCAGGCUUCUAAAGAUGUAUAUCCGACGGUGCUGGCCCAUGCCGAAAAGACCUACAUCGACAACUUUACCGGCUAG